AUGUAGAAGACAAGGAGGCAGCCCUAUUUGUAGCUGUAUAACCAUUGCAAUUGCGAGUCCUUCCAUUUUCUCUGAGCCUCAAGACUAUGAUACAAAGAUAAAUGAGACAAAGAAGUUUUCAAAUACAAGGAAGAAAAGAUGCUUGCUUGUCUUGGACUCAUCUUCAUGACACAGUGGAUGCUGCUGGUUGCCCAGAUGUAUGAUGAUUGGCAGUGCACAAACUGGGAGAUGUCAGAUUCACCCAUCCAAAAUUUGAUGCUGAAUUGGUGGAAAACAGAACUGAGUUGGAUCAGCACCAUGAAUUUCACUAAGUACAACUGUUCUAUGACAGUAUAUAAUAAUGUGGUCGAAAUACAGGAAAAGAAUACAAAUUGCAUCUUUGGAAGAAAUCUAGCAUAUCCUCUGCACAACGGGGCAAACUUUUCGGUUAAAGCAGAGAGUGCUAACAGUACAUACUCAGUCACAUGCAAGUAUAUUCCUCAAGGCAUUAAUGGGUCAGCCAUUGAGAACUUCUCCUGUGUGAUUUAUGACAUUUCCCUCAUGAACUGCACUUGGCAGGCAGGCAGGAAUGCUCCAGGAGAUACCCAAUAUUUUCUCUACUGGCAGAACUCGAGAGAUGAUGACGUAAUGGAAUGUGAGCUUUACAUUGAAGACGAAAAUGGUAGACAUGUGGGAUGUAGAUUCAAAAACGUGAAGAUAGAGAAAUCCUAUUUUUUGGUGAAUGGGUCUAGCAAAAACUCCCUGAUCCAGUUCUACGACACAGAUAUUGACCUAUAUACAAUUGAAAAACUCAUGCCUCCAUCAAAUGUCACUGUCAGUUGUGACGAAAACUCACGUUCUUGCACUAUUCGAUGGCAACAACCCCAAAUAAAUCACUCUAAAAAAGACAGAUGUUUUAAAUAUGAAGUUGAAAUAACAUCCAAGGGUAACUCUGCAGAGUGGACCAAUCAAAGUUAUACAAAAGAAAUUAUUACAAGCCACAUAGUUCAAAAUCCCAACAUGAGAAAGAAGAACCUGGUGAAAAUAAGAGCAGCUGGCCAUACGUGUAGAGUGAGCAAAGACUGGGGGGAGUGGAGCGCAGCUGUUGAGUUUGGAAAUGAAGAAAUUUCUUCUUCAGUAUGGAUUUUACCCGUAGUGGCAGUUGCAACACUCUCAAUACCUAUCUUUACAAUUUUAUUCUGCAAAAGGACUGGUUAUUGGAAAGCAGUAUUUCCACAAGUUCCAAAGCCAAAAAAUCCAUUUCAUGGACAGCUUGAUAUAAAUCCACAGGCUUCAUUGUAUCUUUACAGAGAAGAAAAGAUGUUUCGCGCUCUUGGACUCACAUGCAUGAUUUGUUGGUGCAUGAUGCUAUUUUGUCCUUUGCAUGCUGACCUUCAGUGUAUGGGGCCAGGGACACAAGAAUUGCCUAUCUCAAACUUGACAUUAAACCGGAGAAGAAUGGAGCUGUCCUGGCAAAGCAGCAAGAACUUCUCCAGUUACAAGUGUAUCAUGGCUGCAAACUUCAAACUCAGAGAAAUGAAGGUGAAGAACAAAUCAUGCAGGUUUGAAGUAGAAGAUAGCGUGCCUCUGUACAGAGGAGCAGCCUUCACGAUUACAGUACCAAAGACAAACAUCUCAAAAAUUUGUCCAUUUUUCCCUGAAGGCAUUAAUGGGUCAGCCAUUGAGAACUUCUCCUGUGUGAUUUAUGACAUUUCCCUCAUGAACUGCACUUGGCAGGCAGGCAGGAAUGCUCCAGGAGAUACUCAAUAUUUUCUCUACUGGCAGAACUCGAGAGAUGAUGACCAGACAGAAUGUGAACUUUACAUUAAAGAUGAAAAUGACAGAAACGUGGGAUGUAAAUUCCAAAAUGUGACAAUUAAAGAUAAAACUACUUAUUUCCUGGUAAAUGGAUCCCACAAAGCCUUCCUGAUCCAGUUUUAUGAUAAUUAUACAAAACUAUACACAAUUGAAAGACUCCCUCCUCCACUGAACGUCACUGCCAACUGUACUAGCAAUCCAGGAGGUUGCAUAAUUACAUGGCAACAACCCCUUCUAAGUCAUGUGGAAAACGCAGACUGUUUUGAGUAUGAAAUAAACAUACAAACUAAGUACAAAAUCCCAGAAGAGAAAAAGGAUCCUCCUGUAAUUGUAACUGAAAACAAAUACGAAUUCAAAAGUUACAACGCAGAGAAAAAAAGCAUUCUGAAAAUCAGAGCACGUGGAAAAAGAAGAUGUUCUGUAAACAGAAAGUGGGGGGAAUGGAGCAACCCUAUAGAGUUCGGUGAAGAGAAAGAUUAUUUUAUUUAUGUGAUUUUAGUUCUGAUAGCACUCGGAACAAUCCUAGUGACGCUGCUCCAUUACUGCCUUUGCAAGAGGUAUUGCAGUUCAAAAAGAAUAUUUCCUCCUAUCCCACAACCAAGAGGCAAAUUUGAUAUACCAGCUGAGGAAGAUAUCCAGAAGCAAUGCCUGGCAACCAAGCUCCUCCAAAAACACGCGCUAUGAAGAUUUGCUUAAAAGUUGCUGAGGUUCUCUUCACCAUCUAAGACAAAGCCUUUCAUCAACAACAUAGCAGAAAUGUGGUAUAAUUUCUUCCGUUCAUUGCUGGAGCAAUUAUUUCCUGAAUUAAGAGUAGUGCUACAGGAAAUCAAAAUGCUAUUUCCCCAACUUAACAUUUUAUAUAUAUACUCCCAAGAAUUUUCUGGAGCAGAAAGUAGCUAAAAAUUGCCCUUCUACCUUGUAACCCUGAUACCAAACUCUUAAAAUAUUCAGUGAACUUUAUGGCAAAAUAAAAUAAAAUAAAAUAAAAUAAAAUCUUGCUAAAAAUAA